AUGUUUGCUGGCCUGGACCGUAGCUUGAGCACUAGAAGCAUAUGGGAAGCUUUGCGAACUAGAGCUCCUAAGGUUCCUUGGCAGCAUAUUGUUUGGUUCCCUGGGCGUAUCCUUAAACAUAGUGUCAUAGCAUGGAUGGCCAUUCUUGACAGGAGCCCUACUCGGGUUAGACUUCAAAGAAUGGGUUUAAACAUUGAGAAUGUUGAUUGCUUACUGUGUGGUAUGGAGGCUGAGUGUAGAGACCAUCUGUUCUUUGGUUGCAUCUUUGCUAAAGGCUUAUGGGGAGCUAUUCUUGGUCUUUGUGAUGUUUAUCGAGGGGUUAGUUGCUGGGAUGGUGAGUUAGUUUGGGCAAUUCGCUGCCUCAAGGGAAAGUCAUUCAUUGUGGGAGUGCUUCGACUUGCUUGGACAAGCCACAUCUAUGGUAUUUGGAAGGAGAGAAACAAUAGACUCUAUGGAGGAAGAGCGCAGUCAGUGGAUGAUGUUCUGCAGGACAUCAAAGAAGCUUUGCGUGUCCGUAUGGAGGGUAAGGCUAUCAAUAUAAACGACCCCAGAAACGCAAUCCUCUGCGCUAACUGGGGCAUUUCCUAA